AUGCUCGAUCACGGCGACAGGUUCUUUGCCCCGAGCGGCGCCAUCGACCCAGGCGGCCCAAGCACAUGGCACGUCAUCGACUGGGAUCAACGCCGCCUGGUCUCGGUGGUUAUGGAUGAAGAGCUCGAUUCAGAAGAUCCAGCGUUCGAGCAUCUUCUCAAAUACAUCGACCAUCUUCCGCCAGACGUCUACUCAAUCCAUGUUACCUCCGACGGCGAACUCAUCUCUGCUUCAGCCGACCCGAAAGACGACGAAACUCAAUGCGCGUUCCGCCCACCCGUGGAGAGCCUCCAAAUUCCAGACGGCAUAGAGAUUAUCUCUCGUCAAGACCUCGAGGAGCUGGAUCGAUUAGGCCCCCACGUCGACAUGGUUGUGCGCCCACGCUCGGCAGAGCCCACCAAGCGGAGGUAUGACAUGGUCUGGCAUGAGAUGAGCCUCUGGAUGCGUCUGCCUAAACACCCCAACAUUGUGCCGUUCGGCAGUGUCGUUGUGGACGAGAUCGAGGGACGCCUCGUGGGUUUCACCUCGGUAUUCAUCCCUGGCGAUACCUUGGACGAGAACAAAACGCGCUGUUUCAAGCUCAAGUGGCUUCACCAACUCAUGGCUGUUGUGGACGAGCUGAAUUUGAAGUAUGGCGUUGCUCAUCAGGAUGUCGCACCACGGAACCUUGUCAUCGAUGAAGCUUCUGAUUCGUUGAUGAUAUUCGAUUUCAACUUCUCCGCCCGCAUUGGACGAGCAGGCUAUUGUGAAGCCCGGAACGAUGUCAAGGGAGUCAUUUUCACCAUGUACGAGAUCAUCACUCGCAAUGAUCGUCAUCGUCGUGUGCACCACAAGGAGCAGGACGUCUCCGUCAUUGAAGCAGAAGAAUGGGUAAAGCACCCCGACGUUCUUUUGGACCACCCAGUGUCAGAGUUCCGCGCGGUGCUCGCGGCAUGGAGCGAGAAGCGGCGGGCUGGCACGCAAAUCACCAAGAACACGGAAGCGACUGAUCCCUUGGAGUGGCCUCCUCUGCCCGACCCACCCCUUACCGAGAUGAAAUACCAGAACUCGGGUCAUGAAUACACGCGGAUGAUUAAAAUCUGCUGGUGGAGGAGGAAUGAGUUGUUGGAAAAGGGUCAGGCCGUUUUGAACUGGCAACGCAGUCCUUCCAAGGAAUUCCAGGAUUGGCCCUUGGGUCGGAAAAUUCCACAAGACAAGAUCAAACGACCUUCCACUGAGAAGUAG